AUGUCUAGUCCUGAGCCCGAUGAAGUCCUAUACGCAUAUAUUGCUGUGGCCCCCCAUGCUGUGAGCUUAGUGCUAAUACGAGAUGACAAUGGCCUUCAAAAGCCAGUCUAUUACGUGAGCAAGUCACUGCAUGAAGUUGAGGUCAGAUACUUACCCCUGGAGAAGGCCAUACUGGCUGUGGUCCAUGUUAUGCGAAAGCUUCCCCAUUAUUUCCAAGCCCACACAAUGGUUGUUCUAACCCAACUACCCUUGAAGUCCGUACUUCAGACCGCUGAUUACACUGGAAGAAUUGCCAUAUGGAGCACAAUCUUGGGAGCUUUUGACAUCAAGUACAUACCUCAGACCUCCAUAAAGGGCCAGGUCCUAGCUGACUUGGUGGCUGAAUUUGCUGAACCACCAGUAGAAACAGUAGCAAAGGAGUGCAACAUGGAUGGGAAAUUAGUUGAGGUAAUCUUUACGCCAGGACCCCCAUGUUGGAAGGUGUACGUCGAUGGCGUAGCAAAUCAAAUGAGGUCCGGAGUGGGGCUAAUCCUAGUAUCUCCUGAAAAGACUAUCAUAGAAAAAUCCCUAAGACUUGGGUUCUCGGCCACGAACAACGAAGCCGAAUACGAGGCCUUGUUACAAGGAAUGGCCAUGGUGCGGAAGAUGGGAGGAAAAGCGGUAGAGAUGUUCUCGGACUUGAGACUAGUAGUGGGCCAAGUAAAGGACGAGUUGGAAGCCAGAGAUGUGAGGAUGCAAGAGUACUUAAGCCAGGUCAAACGCUUGCAGUUAGACUUCAAUCUUUUCAACCUGUCACACGUCUCCCAAAGUGGAAACACCCAUGCAGAUUUGUUAACCAUGCUUGCUACCUCCUCGGCAGGAGGUCUGCCUCGAAUUAUUCUUAUCGAGCAUCAUGAUAGAGCAAAUGAGGUUGCAAAAGGCAUGGUCUAUAUCCAUGAGGUUAGAGUGGGUCCUAGCUGGAUGGACCCUACAGUAAGGUUCCUCAAAGAUGAUGUCCUGCCUGAAGAGAAAUUAGAGGCUGAAAAAAUACGAAGAAACGCCUCUCGGUUCUGGUUGUCUGAAGAUCACAAAUUGUAUAAGCGCUCCUAUUCUGGGCCAUAUUUACUGUGCAUUCACCCAGAAGCAACAGAGUUACUGCUUGAAGAGAUGCAUGAAGGGAUUUGUAGGAGUCACACAGGACGAAGAUCUCUGUCGCAGCCAUUACCAAGGGAUAUUGGUGGCCGGGGAUGCAAAAGAAAGCCUUGGAAUAUGUUAAAAAGUGUGACCACUGCCAAAGGCCCUUUCCCAAAGGCAGCAAGAAAUAAGAGAUAUCUGCUGGUCGACACAGAUUACUUCACCAAAUGGAUCAAAGCUAAGCCAUUGGCAAACAUCAGAGAUGUGGAUGCUAAGAAAUUCAUCUGGAGAAACAUUGUUACACGAUUUGGGGUCCCUCGUACCCUCGUUUCAGAUAAUGGACUCCAAUUUGACAACAAGGCCUUCAAAAGAUACUGCUGCGAGCUGGGGAUCACUAACAGGUACUCAACCCCAGCUAAUCCUUAA